UUGUAUGUAACAGUAAACAACAGGUAAAUUAUGAGCUUACGUGGAAGAAAUUAUUGUGAAUCAUGUACGUUAAGAACAGCUGUUGUUUUGUUUGGUGGAUUCCUUGUCCAUUUGGCGUUAGGGGCCAUGUACACAUUUGGGAAUUUCGCCCCAUAUUUCAUUUCGUACAUACGGAACCGUACGGAUGAUACAGAGAUUAGAAAUGUUGACAGUUUGUGGAUAAAUGCUGCCGGAACGAUCGGGAAUUGCCUUGGUCUAACUGUCGGUGGAAUCUUUGCGCUCAAAUUUGGAACCAGAAUUGCAACCUUUAUUGGAGCUGUCGUUUUCUGUGGAUCUGUAGCUGCGAGCUAUUUCACUGUAAACGAUUCGUUUAUAGCUCUUGUACUGACCUAUGGGUUGACAGGCUAUCUCGGACAUAAACUCACAUACGGAACACCGGUCCAAACAGCCAUUAAGUGGCUUCCUGAACAUUCCACACUGGCUGCAGGGAUAAUCGUCAGUGGAACUGGUGGUGGCUCCCUCAUAUUUAACCAAGUCAUAACAGGAUAUAUCAAUCCAGAUAAUCUAUCUCCUGACUUAACUACAGAAGAUGGUGGUAGAUAUUUCACCCAACCAGAGUUACUUGGUAGAGUACCGACUUGCUUUCUUGUCCUCGGUGCAACUUACUUUGGUCUACAGCUUAUUGGUAUCGCAUGUUUGUCAGACCCACCUCCAAAUAAUCAACAGGUAAAUUCUGAUUUUGGGGAAAUAUCAAAGUCUAAGUCUGACAAGUUACCUGUAGAACUUAAAAGUUAUAAAAGCAAAGAAGACGUUUCACACGAAGUCAGUGGACAAGUUGCAGUUGUUCAUGACAACUUGGGAUACAAACACGAUGAACGCACGGAGCAGAGCUUUGCACCAAGUGCAACUGCACUUCCUGAUAACACGAUGGAAUACGAAAAUAAAGAGGUGUCAACAGAAGACAGUAUUCCCAAAGAACUUAGUAUUAUGGAAGCAAUUAAGUUUGCUCUAAGAUGCCGCAGUUUCUAUGUAGUAUGGCUGACAAUAAUGCUGAUGAACGGAGGCAUGCAGUUUAUAAAUGGCCUUUACAAGGCUUAUGGGCUUACAUUUAUAGAUGAUGACCACUUUCUAGCAUUAGUAGGCUCAUUGGCUGCCGUAUUUAAUUGCAUUGGACGUCCGAUCUGGGGAGCUGUUAUGGACAAAACAGGCUUCAGGUUGCAAUCCGUUGUGUAUCUGGGGGAUUUGUAAUUCUACUUGCUACACUACUUCUUACCGAAUAUUUGCCGAAGUACCUGUUUUUGGUGUGGAUUUGUGCUUUGUAUUUCUUCUUCUGUGGAAUUUGGUCCAUUAUGCCAGCAACGCUUGCUAAACUUCUGGGUCCACAACACAUGGCUAUCAACUACGGGAUCAUUUAUACGGAACUGUCUUUGGUCAGCAUACUAGGCAGUCUUUUCGGAACGUCGUUAAAGGCAGUGAUUGGAUGGCAUGGGUUGUUUUAUAUGGCAGCCGGACUUGGAGCUUUAGUGUUUCUUAUUUCGUUCUUAUUCAAUGGAGUAGACCGCAAAGGGAAAAGAAUAUGAAAGACAUCGUGAUGAUGAUAACCAAAAUAUCGCCAAACAAAAGUAUUUACUUCUGAACUCAAGGAGCAAUGGCAAACAAACACGCUGAUUAAGGAUAUGGACCAGAUAUGUUUAAAAAGAAUCAUUGAACAUUAAUGCAUGUUACUAUCCCACACACUUUUGUUUUCUGUUCAUUUUUACUAUUAUGUAUUCAUCUUGUUAGCUGUUUUACAAAGUGUUGUGAUUUUUUUGUUAAUUUGAUGUUACUUGUGUACAAUAUUCUGAAUAUCUUGGUGUGUUGUCUACAUGUAUGUGCAUUAAUUUUCAAACAUGUAUACUAUGAUCUCUCCCUUAAUGUCACAGAACUGUUUGUGUAUGGACGCGGUCGCUUUCGCUUGUAUAACGUUUCACAAGAUAAAUAUUGUGGUGAAUUUUGAACUUCUAGGAAGAUGGAAACUUAUAAAACACAAUCAUUUAAACAAAAACGUUUCCUAGGUUUUGUUUAUAUUAAUGUAUUUUACUUCACUGAAAUGAAGUAAAUAAAAUAAAAUACAGA